AUGGCCGGCACGAAACAACAAGAACUAGCGAGGGUGAGGGAGGAGAUUGGCUUCCAGAAAGCCAUCCUCAACUCGCUCGAGAACGCGGAAGAUGCCGCCUCUUUGAGGGCGCGCCUCGACGCUACACAGUCACUGGGGAUCCUCUUCGACAGGCUGCGCUCGCUCCAAUGUAGCAACCCGCCUCGCUCCGUCGCGGUACAUCUAGACGCUCACCCAGCCAGAGAAGCGGGAACAGCUCAAGGCCUCCCAGGUCCGCCCACGACGCCCAUCAGCCUUCCCACCAGGAAGCGCCCCCCCGGAAGUCCUACCAAUGCCAGUCCGUACUCCAAAUCACAAAAGACGACUCCAGCGUCAAGUGCUACCGGAAAAGGACUUGGGGGCUCGACCGACAGGCCCCUCGACUCUGACGACUUGGAGGUCAUUGACCUCACAGGCGACGACCUCGCCGAUACCUCGGGCAGCAUUGCCGCUCAGAUGCGGCAGGAGAAGCUGGCCGCCCAGAGACGGCGUGACCACCAACUGGCUCAAAGCCUGCAGCAGCAACGUGGACCACAACGUCCCAACGGCCUUCCAGCUCCGACCUUCGAUCCAUUUCAGCGUCUUAUGCAGAAUGCCAGAACCAGCGGAGCCCCCAAAGCAGGCUUCCAGGAUGCGGACAUGAACCCAGUGAAACCCGAGCACGCAGGCUCUCCGAGCUUGACUCAGCCUCCUGUCUGGCCUGGUGGAAGCGAAGCGCAGAGGCUUGAGCUCAUUCGCCGCAUAAGGUUGGCCCAACAACACGGAAUGCAGAGCAUGGAUAGAAUGCAGACAAUAAAGCAACAACAACUGGAACCAGGCCGGAACCUGUCUCAUGGCAAUCCGCUACAACCAUAUCCUCCUGGCUUGCCUGGUGCCUUUCCAGUCCCCCAGUAUAGCCCGGGACCUGGCCCAUUCGGCCUAUCUCCCUCCCAACCACCAACCAAGGUUCUUGGCUCUACGACUUGGCCGACCCUUCCUUCUACCUCAAUGAACGACAUCAUCAACCGCACCAGCGCCUUCUCAUAUACUGCCGCCGCGACCGCCUCAGCAGCCAGGUCCGGCUAUCAUCCUCAUAUGCCCGAUCGCAUGAGAUACUUUCUAGACAUGUCCGAGGAUCAGGACAAGAUAAGCGACAAAGAGCUAGAAGAUUUGCUCGCAAACAUUCGUCCCGAUGAAGACAUUCCGCUUGGAGAACGCGAAGAGACGGUUGAAGGCCUUAAGGUGAAAAUCUACCGCCACCAGCAAGCCGCCCUCAAGUGGAUGCAGAACAUGGAAGACGGCUCAAAUAAGGGCGGCAUCCUGGCAGACGACAUGGGCCUGGGGAAGACGGUCUCUGCGCUCGCAUUGAUGUUGACAAAGCGUUCGACAACACGACCGAAAACCAACCUCAUAAUCGGCCCCCUUGCACUGAUUCGCCAAUGGGAGGAGGAAAUCAACAGCAAAGUCUCAAGCUCACAUAGGUUGUCCGUGUUUGUGUAUCACAACAAGAAGGCUACGACUGAUGAGCUUCUCUCAUACGAUGUGGUGCUGACCACGUAUGGCACCAUUGCCGCAGAGGUGAAACGGCUGGACCUCUACGUGAAGGAGAAUAUCGACGCUGGGAGAAGUGCCGACUUUACACAGAGCGAAUCUGCGGUCAAGUUUCCCCUACUUCACCCUACCAAGGCGAAGUAUCACCGUGUAAUUCUUGACGAAGCCCAGUGCAUCAAGAAUAAGGAUACGCAGACUGCCAAGGCCUGCCACCGCCUGCGCGCCAAUUUCCGCUGGUGCCUCACCGGCACGCCGAUGAUGAAUGGAGUGCUGGAACUCUAUUCGCUGCUCGCAUUUUUGCAUAUUCGGCCAUACUGCGCUUGGGAUAACUUCCGCCAGCAAUUUGGCGUCUUGUUUGGCAAGAGAGGAGAUGAGAAGAGUGUUGCCAUGAGCAAGCUGCGUGCCCUCCUCAAGGCGAUUAUGCUUAGGCGAAAGAAGAACACAAUGUUGGAUGGCAAGCCCAUCGUCGAGCUGCCAAAAAAGACCGAGAGUGUUGUUUACGCAGAGCUUUCGGAGGAUGAGCGUGACUUUUACAAUCAAUUGGAAGUCAAGGCUCAGGUUCAGUUCAGCAAGUACCUCCGUGAAGGCAGCAUCGGACGAAAUUAUUCCAACAUUUUGGUACUUCUCUUGCGACUUCGCCAAGCUUGCUGCCACCCGCAUCUCAAUCUAGAUGUCACUGACACUACUCCGGUGACGGAAGCGGAGGUCCUCGAGCUUGUCAAAAAGCUGAAACCGAGCAUCGUUGCGAGAAUCAGGACCGCGAACGGAUUUGAGUGUCCUAUAUGCUAUGAUGCCGUUCCGUCGCCUCAGUUCUUCAUCCCCUGUGGCCAUGAUAGCUGCAGUCAGUGUCUAAGUCGCAUCGCCGAUAAUGCAGCCUCGGCGAACAUUCAGGAAGGUCACGAGAGCGACAAGUGCAAGUGCCCAGUCUGCAGGGGGCAGUUCAACCCGAAGGAAUGCUUUACCCUGGAGGCCUUCCGAAAGGUUCACCAGCCUGAGGCGUUCAAGAAGGAAGAUGAAUCAGACGACGAAUCAGAGGAUGAAUCUGAUGAAGAAGUCAUCGGGGAGGCCGAUGCCGAAGAGGAUGACUUGUACAGUGACGAUAGGGUGGAUGUCAAAGGGAAUUUGGCUGGUUUCGUCGUGGACGACAGCGUCUUCAACGACUCUGACGAUGACACUGACGCCACGCCCGUUGCCAUCGACAGCAUCAAAGCCGAAGUCAAGGGCGAAAGCUCGUCCUCUGGCUCGUCUCCUGGUUCCAGAGUCAAACCCGAAGAGGACGAGGACGAAAAGGAGAAGCUACGCAAAGUCCUGAUAAAGCAAGGUAAACGUGUGCAAGGCACCCAGUCCCGGAAACCGAAGAAGACCAAGUCGAAGGGGAAGAAGAAGAAGAGCGAAAAGGAAAAGAUCAUCAAGACGGAUAUCCGGCCGUCGAUGCUCAAGGAGCUGCGCAUUGAAGCUCGCAAGAGUCGCGAGGCCUACCGCAGAUACAUGAAUUAUCUCCGACAGAAUUGGCUCCCCGCUGCCAAGGUCUCCGAAUGCAUUCGGCUACUCCGUGAGGCCGAAAAGGACGGGGGCAAGUCGAUUGUCUUCUCGCAGUGGACGCUGUUACUAGAUCUCAUCGAAGUCGGCAUGGACCACGCGGGCUUCAAGAACAAGCCGAAGCGCUAUGAUGGCGGCAUGUCCGGCGACGAGCGCAACGCGGUUGCUAGGGCCUUCCAGGACGCGAGCCGCCGGGACGUGACCGUGAUGCUCGUCUCGCUGCGCGCCGGCAACGCGGGGCUCAACCUGACGCAGGCGAGGCGCGUCAUCAUCAUGGACCCCUUCUGGAACCCGUACAUUGAGAUGCAGGCGGUCGACCGCGCCUACCGCAUCGGGCAGACGCAGCCUGUACAGGUGUUUCGCAUCCUGACCAAGGACACGGUCGAGGACCGCAUCGUGGACCUCAAGGAGCGCAAGCAGGCCAUCGUCGAGGCCGCGCUCGACGAGGCGGAGAGCGCCAAGAUUGGUCGUUUGGGCGUCAGCGAGCUCAAAUUUUUGUUCAACAGACGAGAUGAUUAG